AUGCCUUAUUAUAAUAAAAGAAAAAUAAAAGCCUUUAUAUACUUAAGUAAAAAGGGGCUAAGUAUAAAGAAGCAUGCCUGCGGUAAUAGGCGCAGCAGCAGCAGAGAUAGCAGUAGAGAUAGCAGCAGAGGUAUAGUAGAAACUAAAAAUUAA